AUGCCUUCAGACCUAUCGGUAUACUUGGCCUCAAAAUAUCUAGUCGCAGAUCCAAAACCAACCAAGAAACGAAAGCGCAAGCGUGGCACCGAAGCCAACAACGGCCUUCUAAUAACAGACGAUGACGACUCGGGUUGGGGCAACACCAAUGCGCAAGACGAUGAUGAAGGUCUAGAUGGCCCGGUUACAGUAUCAGGUCAAUCCUCGGAAUUCCGAAAAACCAAGAAGAGCAACUGGAAGUCCCUGGCGGGCGACGCGACUCCCAAGGAUGACUCUGCAGCAGCUGCAGACGCGAUCCUAGCAUCGGCAGCAGCGGAGCAGAAUGCAGCACGCGAUGAAGAUGAGGACAUGCCUAUUGUGGAAGAUGAUGGGUCAGCUGUCAAGAUGAGUGAUGGAACACAUGCAGGAUUGCAAAGCGCAGCAACCGUAUCGGCGCAGCUCAAGCGACGGCAGAAAGAGGAACGUGAGGAGUUUGAAAAGCACCGCAAAUCAGCCAAGGAAGAAGAAACGGUAUAUCGCGAUGCCACCGGCCGAAGAAUCGACAUAUCUAUGAAACGCGCUGAAGCACGACGCGUAGCCGCUGAGGCUGAGGAGAAAGAACGACUUGCCAAGGAAGCUCUCAAGGGCGACGUGCAGCUUGAGGAGGCCCGCAAGCGACGCGAGAAGUUACAAGAUGCCAAGCUUAUGUCGUUUGCCCGCACAGUAGACGACGAAGAAAUGAAUCAGGAAAUGAAGGAACAGGACCGUUGGAACGAUCCCAUGAUGCAAUUCAUGAGCGAGAAGAAAGAUUCGGGGAAAGGGCAAGGGAAAAAAUCCAAACGCAAGCCUGUGUAUGCGGGCGCAGCGCCUCCAAAUCGCUACGGAAUCACGCCAGGCUAUCGUUGGGAUGGUGUUGAUCGCGGCAAUGGAUUUGAAGCAGAAAGGUUUAAGGCGAUCAAUCGCAGGGAGCGGAACAAGGGACUGGAUUACUCAUGGCAGAUGGACGAAUAG